AUGCUCGGGCGGUGGCGGCGACCUCAGCCGAGCCGAGCGACCUACAGAGACGGGAAGACGCCCGGCACGCCACAAUCCAGGGCCGGCGCGGCCAUGCUCGGGCAGUGGCGGCGACCUCAGCCGAGCCGAGCGACCUACAGAGACGGGAAGACAUCCGGCACCCCGCGGCAGCAGAUGAUGCAACCACCACGCAAGAUCCCCGCGGCAGCACGCGCCUCGAUGGUCUCUUUGACGGCAGGCCUCGAUCCAAGGCGGCCGCGGCCACGCCCUUCAGCGCGUGCUAGCUGUUUUGAAGGGUGCUCGUGUCAUGAUGAACGUAGAGAUCAUAAGUCAGACUUUGAAGUCUCUGAAGAAGAAAAGAAGGCAAGAAUGGGCUCUUUGAAGAAAAAAGCAAUAGAUGCAUCAACUAAGAUUAGGCAUUCAUUAAAAAAGAACAGGAGGAAGACAGAUGUUUCAAUUAAUGAUGUGUAUGGUCACCGGUGGAACAUUGGAGGCAGCUGUGAUAACACAAACCCUUUGGCCAAGGGAAGUGGCAUUCACCUCAACCAUUCUGAGGAUGGUGAUGCCGAGGGUGCACGCUGGAGGCGGCGGUGCGAAAGUCCCCCGGACCCUUCGGCGGCGGCGGCGGCGCGCGGUUAUGCCGAGAGGCUCCCAGGUUUCAUCACCGUGCUCUGCUGGAGUUUUAGCAUUUACAGCAAGGAUAUGGAGUACACCCCCUACGCAGCAAGUUCCUCUGUAUCCCACAUUUCACUGCUCGAGGAAGUUCUUGGCUGGAGGUUCUGGUUUUGUUCUCUGCUAGCUUUCUUCUACCUUAUCGCUGUAAGUUUUCAGUCUGGUCAGUCCAAAGUUCGGUGUGUAUUGGUUACGCUAUCUUUCACCAGCCUUCACUUUGGAUGGCGUGACAUUAGGUAUACGAUCAUCAAGGAAGUUGGUGAUGGAACAUUUGGGAGUGUUUGGCGUGCAACCAAUAAGGAAAGUGGUGAAGUGGUUGCGAUCAAGAAGAUGAAGAAAAAAUAUUAUUCUUGGGAAGAGUGCAUAAACCUCCGCGAAGUGAAGUCCCUGCGAAGGAUGAACCAUCCAAACAUUGUGAAGCUCAAAGAAGUCAUAAGAGAGAAUGAUAUGUUGUUCUUUGUUUUUGAGUACAUGGAAUGUAGUCUUUAUCAACUGAUGAAGAGCAAAGGGAAGCCCUUCUCAGAGACUGAAAUCCGAAACUGGUGCUUUCAAAUAUUUCAAGCUCUGAGUCACAUGCAUCAGCGUGGAUAUUUUCACCGUGACCUCAAGCCUGAAAAUUUGCUUGUUACAAAGGAGCUCAUCAAGAUAGCGGAUUUUGGGCUUGCUCGUGAAAUUUCUUCUGAGCCACCAUAUACGGAAUAUGUGUCCACUCGUUGGUAUCGUGCCCCUGAAGUUCUUCUACAGGCUACUGUUUACAAUGCAGCAGUUGACAUGUGGGCAAUGGGUGCCAUUAUCGCUGAGCUUUUUUCACUGCGACCACUUUUUCCUGGCUCAAGUGAACCAGAUGAACUCUACAAAAUCUGUAGCAUUCUUGGCACUCCGAAUCAGCGCACUUGGCCUGAAGGACUGCAUUUAGCAGCAUCUAUAGGUUUUCAGUUCCCUAAGUGUGAAAGCAUACAUCUUUCGGAAGUGGUUCCCUUAGCAAGCGAAGAUGCAAUCAGCCUUAUUUCGUGGCUUUGCUCAUGGGACCCACGAAGAAGGCCAACAGCAGUGGAGGUUUUGCAGCAUCCCUUCUUUCAGCCAUGCUUCUAUGUCCCUCCUUCACUUCGCUUCAAAUCCACCGGAUAUGCAUCAACGCCACCAUCAGCUGGGGCUAAAGGAGCUGUGGAUCAGAAGAACAUCAGGAGAUACUCCAUGGGGACUGUACCCAAUGCGAGGCCAACAGUUAAUUACUCGUACUUGAGCAAUAACGCUCCAGCAAGAGCAGCUGGUGUGCAAAGGAAAUUGGAGUUGGAUCAUCAGCUCCCAGACACUAACCAUAAGGCGACAAAGGCGAACGUGAUGAAUCAGUCUUGGUCCAGACCAGCAGCAGUAAGGAGCAAUGGGAAUUACCUUGCCAAGGAUCAGAACCCCCGUGCACCUGACCUUGCCGAGAAGCUGUCUCAGCUGUCAAUGGGCCCCAACAGGGUGUCGGGUUUGGGUUCUGAGAGGUUUGCUACAGACCUGAAGUAUCGAACCCAUGGGAACACUGUCAAGCGCCCCUUGCCCGUGGGAUCCAGGGCGUGGCAUGGCCCAGCCGAUCCCUUCCGGCGCCCAUACGAGAUGCCAGGUGAUAGGGCUCUCCUUCCAAGGAAGCUCGUAAGCUGA